GAGAGAGAGAGAGAGUUAGAGAGAGAGUUAAUGUAUAUAGACUUAGUUGGGUGUUCCAGAGGAGGACGUGAUGGUGGCCGUGGAAGAGGAAGAGGAGGACCAACCCGUGGUCAUGGAGGACCUGGUGGAAGGAAAGGUGGUAGUAAAGUUGUGGUUGAGCCUCAUAGACAUGAUGUUGUGUUCAUUGCCAAGGGUAAGGAAGAUGCUCUUGUUACUAUAAAUAUGUUUCCAGGUGAGGCUGUGUACAAUGAAAAGAGAGUCUCUGUUCAGAAAGAAGAUGGGAUUAAGUUUGUUUACAGGAUUUGGAACCCUUUCCGAUCUAAGUUGGUUGUUGUUAUUCUUGGUGGUGUUGAUGCGAUUUGGAUUAAACAUGGAGCUAAUGUUCUAUAUCUUGGAGCUGCUUCUGGGACCACAGUUUCUCAUGAGUUUUCACACAAAAGUGGUAGAGAUUUGGUUAACUUGGCCAAAAAGAGGACUAAUGUCUUCCCCAUUAUUGAAGAUGCUAGACACCCUGCUAUGUACAGGAUGUUAGGUGGGAUGUUUGAUGCUAUUUUUCACACAGAAGACAGUUUCUCUCCGAGACUUCCAGUGAGUGUAAUGGUUGAUGUUUUCUUUUCCUCCUCUUACCUGAGUUGUUUCUCGGGUAGGAUUGGGGAUUCUGGGAAGGUUAUGGUGGAUGUGGAAGCUCAUGGGGAGAAGGAAGGGAUUGAGGAUUCCGAUCAGGCGUUGAAAGCGCUGCCUCCGAGUGAUCUUCCGUUCGCCAUUCCUCGGUCCUCGAUCCCUAGACGAUCUCUGCCAGCUAUGAGAAAAGCUAACGGGACGAUUCGCCGGGAGUGGCGCCCAAAGGUGGCAGAGGCGGAGAGGAACGUUAAUUCCUCUUUUUGUGAUGUUUCUCAAUUUCAGAUGCUGGUGGUGAGAAAGGAGUUUGCCAUUUUUCCUCAUUUAGAGCCUAUUUCAAAUUUUUAUGGGGAGCCGUGUGGUGUGGAUAGAGACGGGGUGGUUGAUUUGUUUGACUUAGUCAACUCGGGCUCCUUGGUUGGGCCAGUGGGCCUGUUGAAGGUUGGGGAUAGUGGGCCGAAAUCUUUAAAGCAACUAAUGGAUAAUGUUGAUGCUCAUCCUAUCCCUAACUUCUCUUCUUUAAUUGGGCCACGUUUUAAGAGUUUGGUCAGUGGGCCUUAUAUAGAGAGUCGUGUGCCUAAGAUAAUUGGUUUGGGCUCCUUGCAGUCCAAUGGGCCGUUUAUGAAGAUUAGACAAAAUUUGUUAAAGAAGGAUAAAUUUGUGGCUAUUAUUUCAAGGGAUAGCUCUGCUUGUGGGAAAAAGGCCGACCUCCUCCUUGAUGAAGUCUUAGCCUUGUCCAAUUUUUUCCAAUGCCAAGAGUCUUUGUUGCAAGAGUCCAAACAAUUUGGUAGCUUGGAUUUAUAUGAGAUAAAAAAGUUUGGUGGUGACUUUGGGGUCAAACCCACUUAUGAAAUAAAUGAGAGAUCCACCCCUCUCAUGAAAGGAAUUUUUGAGGGUGCAUCUACUUCGUUUUGCGUGAGACCUCUCGAGUUAAUUCGCCACCACCCGGGAGUCAUUCGUGAUUUUCCUUGGGAUAAAUGUAACCAUGGUUGGGUUUCCAAAGUGGCGUCAGAUGAACCCUUCUAUAACCAUUCCACCUCUAUCGGGUGCUCUGUUAACCCGAGUGAGGGGAGUCCAAAUGGCAGAGAUGAUGUAGUUGAUCUUCAGAUGGUUGGCACUUUUUCCAUUGACGAUGCUAGCUUUUCAGCGUCGGCCUGCUUUCAUACCCCUGUGGAGGAGAAUGUUAUAUCUCCUCCACAGGAGCCAUGA